CCGCGAGGCUUGUAGUGGUAGUGGUCCCGUUUGGUCGUUCCAGCCAGCUCUCUCCGUGGAAGGCGGCUGACUGACGUUCCCUUCCUUGAGAUUUCCUCCCCCAAAAGCAUUCAUUUCUCAGCCCCUCAGACCCCCAUCUACCUUGUGUCGUGGCCCAGCCCUUUCCCCUCGUGUUCCCACAAAGCGCAUUAGAGUCGAUUCCUGAUCUGCGUGCAACUAUGCAUGAAGACAGCAUGUAAUGCCUGACCAAAAGGUUCUUCACCCUUCGGACGAAUUGACCCGCGAAUCAAAAUGAACGACUCACGGUGCUAUGGCUUAUAAGAAGUGACCAGUGGAGGAGAUACGAGGAAGUUGGCAGUUGAGGAAACGAGAGAUAAACAUCCCCAGUGGCGGCCGCAUUUUGGAACGGAAUGACCCUACGUUGUUGAGUGAUUUGGUGGCCAUCCGGGAGAGAGAGAGAGAGAAAAAAAACAUGAUAAGAACGAAAUGCGUAGGCAGCCGUAAAUUCCCGGAUAUCUCGGAAGAAGAAGAAGAGUUCUCCUCCCACUCAUUCUGAUAGUGGAAGCCAAAACCAAAAUAAUAAUAUAAAAAAAAAUAACAACGCCAGACGGAGAUAAGAGCAUAAGAAGCAUUGCGCCCCCCAAAAAUGUCCCCUUGCCAAGGAAGCGGAAGAAAUAUGAACGUACUCUGGGCAUGCGCUGUGGCACUGGCACUGGGCACGGAUCUCAUGGCAAACGGAGAGAUCCCUCUCGGAAUAACUGUUGUGAGUACGGUGGAGACGUUGGUGGAAAGGACAGUGUCACUUCCGUGUGUGGCAACGCAGCAUCCAGUUGGGGACAUGCCAAACCUCCUCCUUUUCUACAGGCAGUCCUCCAACAUCCCUUCUUCAGGUAGCUACGACGCCAGAAACGGCGACUUCUGGCGGGAAGGAAGCUCAAAGACUCGAGACGCCCGCUACGAAGGGCGCGUCUACCUGAACCUGACCCAUCCGAGGAACGUGCACCUGAACCUAGAGCAGGUCAGCAUCCAAGACGCCGGCGAUUUCACGUGUCGAGUGGAUUUCGUCAGCUCCCCUUCCCUGACGUCUAUCGUCAAGCUCAAGGUCUUCGCCAACCCCACCGUGGGUCCCACAGUUCGAGUUGGGACAGGGCCCAGGGGAACAGUGGCGAGUGGAACGGAAGUAGGACCCUUCCACGAGGGAGAAAUGCUCAAUCUUUCUUGCACCGUCACUGGAGGCUUUCCAGCGCCCUCAGUGACGUGGUGGCAGGAUAUCAUCCUACUAGACAAUAGCAGUUACGUCGUUAGUAGCAGCGGACCCCCAGAAACGGUGAACGACCUGACAGUAGGUCCACUCACCAGGGAGUCGGUCAGCCAACCUUUCACCUGUAGGUCCGAAAACAAUCCUCUGUCAGCCCCCAUCGACCGUACGAUACACAUCAAAAUACACAUGGCUCCCCAAAAAGUCAUAUUACCGGAUUCGGCCACAGUAAGAGCUGGCCUGGAAGAGAGGCUGGAGUGCAGAGCAAAAGGCGCUUACCCUGAGGCCAACAUCACUUGGUACCUCGAUGGCAGACCUCUGGAUUUCACGUCGAAAGAGACGCGGCAAAUAGGAAGCGAUACAGUUUCGUGGGUUCGGUUCGUGGCGAGCCCCAAAAUCAACAAGGCCACCCUUACCUGUACUGGAUCGUCUCCCACCCUUCCAGAUCCCCCAGUGUCUACCAGCGUGACCCUGAACGUGACACAUGCCCCAGAAGUCUCCCUCAAACUCGGGUCAUCCUUGAAGCCAGACCACAUUAGACAAGGAGAUGACAUUUACUUCGACUGUCACACGGAGGCCAAUCCUCCAGUCCAGAAGAUUGGGUGGUACAAAGAGGAGAACGAAGUCCGCCACAACAAAGGAGCUGGGAUCAUCGUGGGAGGAAACAACCUAGUAUUACAAGGAGUCCAGCGCCAGGACGCAGGAUCCUACACUUGCAGGGCCACGAAUUCCGUGGCAACCACUUCCAGCAACCCCCUGAACCUCAGCAUUCAAUACGUCCCCAUGUGUGCUCAAGGGCGGGUCACAGUGACUGCGGUCGAAGGAGAAGUGGUCUCUCUCCGGUGCAAAGUCGACGCCUAUCCGUCGAACGUGACUUUCUAUUGGCUGUUCAACAACACCGUGGAUUCCACGCGCUUCAGGAAGAAUGAGUAUACAAUCAGCGGCCUGGAAUCGACUCUGCGGUACGUGGCCUAUUCAGCGAGGGACUACGGAACCGUCUUUUGCUGGGCUUCGAAUUUGGUGGGGCGGCAGGAGGACCCUUGUGCCUUUACCCUGCAGCCGGCAGGUGCUCCAGACAGCGUUCAUGACUGCGUGUUAGCCAACCAGUCAGCCGGGUCAUUGCUAAUCACCUGUAAACCAGGUGCGGACGGAGGACUUACCCAGACUUUCAGAGCUGCCGUCUAUUCUUCCGGGGUCAUCGAGCCCGUCCGGGUCCUGGAAGGGAUGUCACCCGUCUUCACAGUGGAGGGCUUGGCCCCUGGGGAAGACUACGUCGUCACUCUGACGGCCAUCAACCGGAGGGGGUCAUCCCCACCUGUCUCCCUAGAGGCCUUCACGCUUAAGGUUGCCGAGAACAGGAUGAUUUCAGGAGUAUCGAGCACCCAGCCUGAACCUGAAGAAACUCCCUCGGGGGCUGUGUCCCCCCUUCUGGGGGUGUUUCUGGGGAUUGUGGGCGCCUUCCUCCUGCUGGCUACUGCCGUGGUGUUCGUCACCCGGAAGCACUGCUCCAGGGACUCUGCAAGCACUCCUGAUCUUGUGGCAGGACAGGAACUCGAGGCCAAAGAGGAGGGCCAAGACGCGGGAGGAACCUCAGAGGGAAUGACCAGAGGACACGAUGCCGUGGACACCCCUGACCUGACCGAAUCUGACCCUUUCCUGAUGACCUCCGAAUGCAGCAGCGGGACCGUUUCCACGCCCGCCAGCGCCGGGGGCGGAGGUGGCGUCUUCACGAUUCCCACCCACAUUCCUCCACCGCCUCAGUAUUGCUCAUCGUCUUGCAACGACCUCUCUCCUACGCAGCACGUCGUUCACCACACGCCUCCCGGACAGUCCUCCCAACAGCACAUCAUCCACCAGGACCAGACGACCUCCCAAAUCUCCUUCCCGAGGUCGUCGCCCCAGCAGUACAGGCUACAGAGGUCCGCCUCCGUGGAGCGGUGCGGCGGGACGCGAGCAGUCAUCGCGCCGCAGCAGCCUUGCGUGGGGCAGUCCUCGUCGCCUCCGACCCACUGGCCUCCUCUGCAGCACGGGACGCCCGUCACAUUCGCCAUUCAUCACCAGAGCGCCCACCCUCAGCUCGGCGUGAUCUACAGCACCUCCACAGACGAUAACCUCCACCAGCAACAGCUCAGCGUCAUCGCUACGAAGGAUGGAGGCAGCUCCGUCGGCUCCAGCGCCAGUGCCAUUCACUACGUACAGCCGCUCCCCGGAGUGGACGUGGGCGGCGGAGAGCCGCCGCCGCCCCUCGUUCUCCCCUGCACUUCCUCGAUGGACGUGUCGCGAAGCUGCACCAACCUUGCGGGCGCCCACUGCAGCGGGGCGCCCCAACUAGCCAUCGGCCUAGCGCCACAACACCUCGGGUCGACCAGCGGAAGCGGUGCCAUGCGGCCACAGAUGAGCUUCAUUCCAGAACAAGGUCUGGAACACUCGACUGAGCCUCCGGUGAACCACUCCAGUCCCAAGGGCCGAGCUAAACACGUGACCUGGACUGGAGGACCGACACACGGGGAGGAGAGCGCAGUCUGAAAGGCAGUCUAGACCACCAUCAUUCAGGGAACACAACAUCUAGUGACUGCGACUCUCGGCUUCGUUUGGUCACGAAAGUUCGGAAGAUUUCUCGAUUUUGUUUUGGUAGUCACCUGCCAUAUCCUUCACACAACACGAGGUGCUCAUUUUAGAAAUAAGAUAAAAUUAGAUAUUACUACAUAUAUAAAUAUAAAUAUGAACUUUAUAAAACGAGAAUACUAGAGUUUAAAAAAAAACUUAAUCUUUUUUUUUCAAUUUUACAAUAAACAAUCGUCAUACUUCGCACAUUUUUGGAUUGAUUUACUCGACGGUAGAGCCUCGUCC